CCGCCAUUUUAAGUUAGUAAAAUACAGAAAAAACAUGUGGCCUGUAUGGAAGACCAUAAAGACAUUUACUUCUUUAGACGUUAUGUGUACAGAUGAUAUAACGCGUAGCUGAAAUGUGUGUCUGCAGCUGGAUAGUAUCAUACUAUUGUAACAGUUGAGCUCUGCACUGCAGGAUUGUUCGAGAAGUCACACUGCAGAGUUUGUGGAGUUUAUCAAAGACUGUGUGCGUCCAUUCGACUAAAAUACUCAAGAACUCAUCAGAUUCUCCUGCAGCUUCAUCAUGGCUGAUUCACAAGGAUGCAGUUCAGUCCAGCAGAAGAGCUCAAACCCAGUGUCCAGCUGUGUGUCUAUGAAGAGUAACUGCUCUAUGAAUCACCCAAUAAUGUUUAAGAGUGGAGACAAAUGGCCUGAUAUCAGUUCAGUCCAGCAGAAGAGAUCAAAACCAGAGUCCAGCUGUGUGUCUAUGAAGAGUGACUGCAAUGUGGAUGAGCCACCAUUGUUUAAGAGUGGAAACAUAUGACCAGAUCUCAGAUCAAAUCUUCUAUCCAGUGCAGUUAAAAACAAAACUGUGUUCACGUCUGUGAUUCAACCACAAGACUUUAAUGAAAGCAUGAGUCCUGGUUUCAGCCAUGACUCUAAACCUGCUGAAGUCCUCAACACAUUGAGAUCAAAUCUGAUAAAGAAGUUUGAGUGUCUGCAUGAGGGAAUAUCAAAGCAGGGAAACCCAACACUCCUGAAUAAGAUCUACACAGAGCUCUACAUCACAGAGAGUGAAAGUGGAGAGAUCAGUAAUGAGCAUGAGGUGAGACAGAUUGAGACACAGUCCAGGAGAGCAGAAACAAAGGACACACUGAUCAAAUGCAGUGACAUCUUUAGACCUUUACCUGGACAAGACAAACCCAUCAGAACUGUGCUGACAAAGGGAGUCGCUGGCAUUGGAAAAACAGUCUCUGUGCAGAAGUUCAUCAUGGACUGGGCUGAAGGGAAAGAGAAUCAGGAUGUCCAGCUCAUAUUUCCACUUCCUUUCAGAGAGCUCAACUUGAUGAAGGACAAAACACUGAGUCUUUCAGAUCUUCUUCAAGUCUUUUUCCCUGAAACAAAGGAAAUGGAAAUAUCCAGUGACAAAUAUAAAGUGUUGUUCAUCUUUGAUGGUCUGGAUGAGUGUCGUCUGUCUCUGGAUUUUCAGAGCGAUGUGAGGUUGUGUGAUGUGACUGAAUCAGCCUCAGUGGACGUGAUGCUGAUGAACCUUAUUGUGGGGAAUCUGCUUCCCUCUGCUCUCAUCUGGAUCACCUCUAGACCAGCAGCAGCUGAUGUCGUCCCCUCUGAGUGUGUCCAUCGAGUGACAGAGGUACGAGGCUUCAGUGAGCCACAGAAGAAGGAAUACUUCAGGAAGAGAAUCAGUGAUCAGAGUCUGGCCGACAGGAUCAUCUCACACCUGAAGUCAUCAAGGAGCCUCUUUAUUAUGUGUCAAAUCCCAGUGUUCUGCUGGAUCUCAGCCACUGUUCUAGAGAAGAUGUUGAGUGAAGCAGAGACUGGAGAGGUUCCCAAGACUCUCACUCAAAUGUACACACACUUCCUGAUCAUUCAGGCCAACAUCAAACAUGAGAAGGACUAUGAGAAGAAUGUGAAAGAUGAAGACAUGAUUGUCAACAUGGGGAAACUGGCUUAUCAGCAGCUUGUGAAAGGAAACCUGAUCUUCUAUGAGGAAGACCUGAGAGAGUGUGGCAUUGAUGUGACAGAAGCAUCAGUGUACUCAGGAUUGUGCACUCAGAUCUUCAGAGAGGAGUUGGGCUUGUAUCAGGGGAAAGUCUUCUGCUUUGUUCAUCUGAGCAUUCAGGAACAUCUAGCAGCUCUAUAUGUGCAUCUCUCCUUUAUAAACAAGAACAUCAAUGUGUUUGACCAGAUUACCAAACCAACUAAUGGAGACAAAGUUUCACUAUCAGAUCUCCAUCAGAGAGCUGUGGAUGAAGCUUUAGACAGUAAAAAUGGGCAUCUGGACCUUUUCCUUCGUUUCCUUCUGGGUCUGUCAGUGGAGUCUAAUCAGAGUCUCUUACAAGAACUAAAGACACAGACAGGAAACAGCUCUCACAACAAUGAGAAAACAGUUGACUAUAUUAAAGAAAAGAUCAGUGAGAAUCCCUCUCCAGAUAAAUACAUCAAUCUGUUUCACUGUCUGAAAGAACUGGGUGAUCUUUCACUAGUGAACGAAGCUCAACCUCAUACAUAUGGAGGAUUACGUGAUGUGAAACUCUCCUCAUCUCAGUGGUCAGCUUUAGUUUUUAUGUUGUUGACCUCAGAGCAGACAAUGCAUCAGUUUAACCUGAACAGAUUAAUUGGAGCUGAAAAUGAUCAUCACACAGAAAACACAGCAGAUGAAGUACUUCAGAAGCUGCUGCCUGUGGUUACAGCAACUAGAUCAGCUUGGUUGGAUAAGUGUGGUGUCACAGAUGAAGGUUGUGCUGCUCUGGCUUCAGCUCUGGGAUCAAACCCCUCGCACCUGAGAAAACUGGAUCUGUCUGUGAAUAAUCUAGGAGACUCAGGAGUGAAGCUAGUCUCUGCUGGACUGGAGAAUCCUCACUGUAAACUGGAGAAACUGUGGUUGAGGAAUUGUGGUGUCACAGAUGAAGGUUGUGCUGCUCUGGCUUCAGCUCUGAGAUCAAACCCCUCACACCUGAGAUUACUGGAUCUGUCUGAGAAUAAUCUAGGAGACUCAGGAGUGAAGCUGCUGAAGGAUCUGAAGGAUGAUCCACAUUAUAAACUGGAGACACUAUGGAUUAGAUGACAGUCUGAUCUUCUGAUGAUCAUCUGAUCGUGAAUAAGGAUCCACUACAGAGACUCACAGUCAACAGAAUCAACAGAGACUGAAGAUACAGUGACUUCACUGUUAUAAAUUAAGACUUAAUUUAGUUUUCAAUGAUCCUCUGACAGACAUAAUGAAGGCGGCAGUGAAACACCUUUUAUUUUAGAGCAGCAAAUUACAGUUUCUCAAUCAGGGAUUAACCAUUGUAUUUGUAUAAAGGCACAGUAUAAACUCAAAAAAGUUAGUUUUGUUUCAAAGAAAAUAUAGAGCCUGAAUAUGUUUGUGUUUGUGUUGUACCAGCAGAGGGAGACAAAGACUAAUGAAAGAUUUGUUUUUCAUAAUUAUGAAGAAAAAAAAAGUUCAAGCUCACUUUUGGAAAACAAAUAAUGGAAGCUUGAGUGUAUACAUCAUGUUUUUAAUAAUAGUUGUGUUACAUUUGUAUUAAUGUAUUAAAGGGCUCAUAUGAUGCGUUUUCAACUGUAUAAUAUCUGCAAAAUUACAAAGCUCAAAGUCUCCUUCAAAAAGAUUUAUUCUAUCUAAUGCCUAGUACACACUGUAUGAUUUUGGGCUGUCCCAGACGAAAGAUGGACAUCGUGAAACAAUUGUGGCUCCUAAAUAUCAUACAGUGAGAGAGGUUCAAAGACUGUCUUGUGAUCAAAGAUAGCCUGCGAUAAUUUUCUGACAGUGUCAUGAUCAUCUCAUUGUAUGUUUGCUGCUACGACCUUCGUCUACUGACUAUCCAAUAAAAAUACAACAUGAAA